AUGCAAAACUUAUCACAAACAACCAACGAAACAAAGAGUCGACGAUUUGUCCAAAAACCAUUAGAUAGCAACAGUAAUGCUUCACCACAUUCGAAAGUUUUAUUCAGUAUUCAAAACUUCAUUUUGGUUUGGUUGGACUCGAAUAUCGUUGAAUCCAAUGAUGAUGUUUGUAAUUCCAUAGCUAAACUGCGACAGAUUGUCAAUAGAAUCGAUCGAUUCACUGAUAUUAACCAAUGCAUAGAUUUUCUUAGCAAAAUCGAAAAGGAAAAUAUAUUCAUCAUUGUAUCGGGUAGUCUUGGUCAAUCUGCGGUACCUAAUAUACAUUAUAUGUCUCAAGUCGAUUCUAUCUACAUAUUUUGUGAAGACAAGUCAAAGCAUGCACAGUGGGCAAAAGACUGGCCAAAAGUAAAGGGUGUAUUUACUGGAAUCGAUUCUAUUUAUGAUGCACUUGACAGUGACACACAUCAAUGUUACCGUGAUUCGACUACAGUUAGUGUAACAAGUGGAGAUUUAAAUCGUCUCAAUCCAUCAUUUAUGUAUACACAACUGCUCAAAGAAACUCUCAUUGACAUGGCACAUGAAUAA